GCCUCCUUUCCGUGCACCGGUGUCACGUCUGCUGUCUGUCUACCGGUGUCGAGUCUCUUGUGAAUACUCGGUCUUUUACAACAUGGCAACCUACUUAGGCUGGCCAACGUUACUCCUGGCAUUUUCCACGCUAUUCCGAACCAUUGCAUCUCGAGAAGGCCUUCGAAUUAUCGAAGAUGUCACGCCAAACAGCAUGCACAGCUUCAUCACAUCUCAACACUCCUUGAUUCUUAUUUACGAUGAAAUAAAUGCUGAGUACCAUUCUGCUUUGUUUGAAAUGCAAAAAUUACUAAAGGCUGAUUUGACAUUCCUGGAAGACUGUCGUUAUGGGAAAUUGCAAAGCCAAACGUUCGGUGACAAAUAUGGUGUGAAGGUAAUACCAGCAUUAGUGUUCUUCAGACAGAAGUCUCCCAUAGUAUAUGACGGUAACACUAUAGAUGCAGGAGAUGUUGCUGAAUGGUUGGAAGCUGCUCAGAAGGAAGCAAUGAAGGUUUUGAAUGAAAACAAUUUCGAACAUUUGACUCAAGCCUCAACUGGAGCCACCACUGGUGACUGGCUGGUGUUGUUUUACAAGCCAGGCUGUGGAUUAAUUGCCAUGGCAACAAUGGAAGCUGUUGCAGUGAGAAUGCACCACACUCUGAACAUUGCCAAAAUACAGAUGAAUUCCAAUCCUAAAUUAGUCGAACGAUUUAAAAUUAAGAAGUGUCCUUCCAUCAUUUACUUCCGGCAUGGUAAGCUGUUCCGCUAUGAUCCAGAACAAUUUGACGUGAAGUCUAUGAAAGUGUUUGUGGAGAGCUGGCAUCGAAAUGUUAAGGCGGAGAUUGUACCUAUUGAGCCAAGUGCCUUUGACAUUUUGACUGAUUAUAUAGUCCAAAAAUUGAAAGAGAGUGAUCACCACACCAAAGUCUACAUUAUAUUACCCACUAUUCUGCUGCUGACUCUCACGAUGCUGCUCCUCUGUGUCUUCUGUUGUCGCAAACAAGCAACAUAUGAUAAACACAAAUUCCACUGACCACCAUUUCACAUUGUGUUGUUGUUUGUCUUUCAGUGUGCAAGUUAUUUAUUUUGAAAAUAAAUGUAUAAUGCUUUAAUCACAUUGA